GCUUGUGUAAAUAUUUACGUUUUCCGAAAUUGUUUCAAUUUAAUUCAAUUUAAUUUUCUCAAAAUAUUUACCGUUAUUUAGAUGUAAAAAUCCGUGUUCAACUUUCCAUCAUCAUGAAAGAAAUACUACUUUCCAAUAGUGAGAAAACGUUUGUGCAAAAGGCGAUCCUCGAGUCAACGCGAGUUGAUGGCCGUAACUUGGACGAAUUCCGAAAGCUUCGGAUUAAUUUCGGAGCCGAAUGGGGCAGCGUUCACGUUUCUCUGGGAGAAACUAGGGUUCUGGCCCAGGUGAGCUGUGAGGUGGUGCCCCCAAGAGCAACCCGGCCGAAUGAGGGAACUCUUUUCAUCAACGUUGAAUUGGGACCGAUGGCAGCAGCCCAUUUUGAACCCGGGCGAAUGUCGGAAGCGGGAGUACAAAUCAACAGAAUUCUGGAACGGGCUAUCAAAGAUUCGGGCUGUGUGGACUUGGAAUCGUUGUGCCUCGUGGCCGAUGAAAAGGUAUGGAAUCUGCGGGUGGAUGUAAACGUAUUGAAUCACGAGGGGAACAUUAUUGAUUGUGCUUCCAUCGCUGCUCUUACUGCACUGGCUCAUUUCAAAAGACCAGAUAUUAGUCUGAAUGGGGAGGAUGUGGUCAUUCAUACGAUCUACGAAAAAGAUCCCAUUCCGAUCGGUAUCAAUCAUUUUCCGAUUUGUGUAAGCUACGGAAUUUUCAAUAAGGGUAAAAUUACCGUUGCCGAUCCCACCUAUCUAGAAGAGCGAGUUGCGGAGGCCAAAAUUGUCUUCGGCAUGAAUUCCUACGGGGAGCUGUGCGGAAUACAUCUGGGAGGUAUUACGCUAACAAGUUCGGAUCUGUUGCUGAAAACUGCCAUGAAAGCUGCAAACCGAGCAAGAACGAUUGUCCAGAAAAUGAAAGACAUUAUCCAGGAAGAUAGCGAAAAAAGGAAGAAGAACAUUCCGAUUGGUUUCAGUGAAUGUAUUCGACAAAACGAAAUAUCCGCUUUAGCUCAGGACCGUUUGCAAAUCCGUUUGAAAAGAUUCAAGUUGGAUAAAACCCAGCAAGACGACGAAGAAGGUGAAGACGAUGAAUAUGACCAAAAUCUUGAUAAACCAGAUGAACAAAAAAAGGAUUUAGACGAAGAAACUACAGGCACUGUACAUGAUGAACAAAUGGAAAUCGAAGAUUCCAUUGAAGAGAUAGCAGAAAAUGCUGCUGUCCUGAUGCCAAAAGCCGCGACCGAGAAAGAUCGAUGGAUACCGGAAGACAACGUGAUCGAGUUGGACCAAUCGGUGCAGGAGAAAAAGUCGACAAAAAAGAAAAAUAAAAAGAAGAAAAAGUCUAAAGAAGCCCGGGCUAGGAUGAACGACAUCGAGGACAUGAGCAGCAGUGAAGAGGAAACUGUCAUUCUCAAAUCAGAAGAUAUAAAUAAUUAAAGACUUAACAUUAGUCGCGAAAUAAAUGGGAAACGAAACUAAAAAAUGCGAUCUUUUGACAUUACACUAUAUCGAU